AUGACUGCCCAAUCCUGUACUAGAACUGAAAGUGACAAGCUUCACAAGAAGCGAAAAAGUGUUGUCUUCAAGAAAGCAUCGGUUGGCUCACCACAAAAUAAUGCAUCCUGUUUGGUACAUGUCCAUUGGAUUCCUCCCAAUAGUGACGAAGACAUCCAAGCGAGAUGGCAUAGCAAGGAUGAAUACCAGGAAAUUAAGAAUUCACUAAAGAGUGUGGUUCGUGCGGCUUACAGCAAUGCCAAGGAGAACCUUGAAGUGGAUUGGGACCAUGAAGAUUACUGCAUUCGGGGGCUCGAGAUCAUCUCCCCGUAUACCGUCAAAGAACAACGCGAGCGCCGACAAAGACUACUCGCGGGUGUCUGGAACGCUCAAGUAAGGCAGUGGAACGAGCAGGACAGAAUCUAUGAUCCUGAAGCGAUCGCUUUGGCAUCUCGAAAGCAGACCAUGACCAGUGCUUGCAUUGCUCGAAGUUUUGCUGUGAGGGAUGAAUUGGCUGCCAGCAAGUACUAUGAAAGUAGGGCAACUGGCGGAGCCAAAGAAGAUAAUGCAGUCGACACCAAAGUGUCAUUGGAAGAACCAUCUUUCUCUGCCAUGGGGAAUGCGACUGCUGCAUGA